AUGCGGCAGCUGUGAAUGGGAUUAUUUGCAGCCAGUUUUGGUCAGCACCGUAAUCGCAGUCAUUGGCGGUGUACGUUAUUUUCGCUAGUCAAUCAGCGUGUGUGCGUCACUCAUUUCAUAGAAUGAGACAGAUUGGAGAUGGUACAUGCGGCGUUUGCCGCAGGCAAUGGUUGGGGAAAGAAGCGGAGGAGGGAUCAUUGAAAGACGUCAGAAUUAGGACGUGGUGGUGGAAAGAGUUUGCGUUAUGGUCUGCUGUGACAAUGGACUUUUAUGUGUGCAGAAGGGUGUAAAGUUUUUUUAGGCUAGAUCCUUUGUGGACGUUUUGGAGAUAGGCGAAGCUUAUUUUCUGCAAUACGAAGGUCGGCAAGGAGUAGGUGCUUGUGUAGGGUGCACGUUGUGGAAUUUUCGGUUUGCGUAGAGAGUUCGUUUGGAAAGUAAAGUGCUCUUGUCAGUGUUGUCUCCGCUGGCGACGACAUUAGAAUCGUACAGCGCUGUCGGGUAGUGUUGUCAGAAACGAGGAAAUAGAUGCGUGUGUGUAGUAAAUGUAGUGAAUUGGGCUGUUCGGAGCGAGAGAGAGAGAGAGAGGGUGUGUGUGUCAUUAUAUUUUCAAAAUAGCUGUUAGUUGUUGGUACUCGAGUCAUCUAUAACGAUUUGGUUUAGCUUGUGAGAGAAAGAGAAUCAGAACGCUGCGGGGAAGUAUUGCUAUAAGGAAAAAUUACUUGUGCUUGAAAGAUAGAUUUAUGUAUCUGCGUUUUACUUUCUGAUUUUAGUGCCGUGCGGAGCUAAUUAAGUGCCUUCCACGACCGCUGUAUAAUCACGGAUCUUGUUCCGCAGAAAUGGAUUCAGGUUCUGGGUUUGUGACAUCGAUAGCAGCCGGCCAAAUUCUGAGUCAACAGCUGCGCCAUGGCGGUGGUGUUAGUGCUCCAUCUUUGGGGCCUCCAAAGCACUCUACAAUACCGACCAUGCCUGAGAAGAAAAAGAUGAAAGGAUUGCCCACUUGUCCUAUGAUUUAUGCCAUUAUUACAGAUCUGAAUACAUUUGGUAAUCCCAAAGUGGAUAAUGCACACGGCAGUCUACACCCGCCAACAUUUCGAGCAGAUGCCCCUCCUCUACCUGCUUUGGUCCCUCUCAGUCUAGAAAUGAUUGAGCUGGAUGUUGCAUGUCAUAUCAGCACAGGUUUUGUUACCGCAAAGAGUAGAUGGAACUUAAAUUGCGUGCGAAGUCAAGCAAGUUGUGAUUGCCUUCUUGCUCUCCCCAUGGACCACCAGGGUACAGUAUCAAGUGUCGAGAUUGACAUGGGCCAUGGCCGAUUCUACACUACGGUAGUUGUUCCGAGUGAUGAAGCUGCUAGCUAUGGUGCAAGAGGUAGUCCAAAUGCACAAAUAAAUGACCCUGGCACUUAUAAUCCCGAACUUUUCCGACUGAAUCUUCCACAAGUGGAGGGUGGCACAAAAUUGGAACUGAAAAUUACAUGGUUUCAAGCUAUGACAUUUGAAAGUGGAUUAUAUUCAUUGAGAGUUUCAUUUGUAUUUCCUGAGGACAUCGUGCCUUUAGGAACAAAUUUGGCUUCUAUCACAAAAGUCAAAUGUAUGAUCAAUACAGGGACAAACGAUACUGUAGAAGUUGGUUCAUUUGGCAAUCAAUUGAAGGAGACCUUUAGAGAACCUGGUAUAGUAGCGUUUGAGAAUGAGAGCAACGGUGAUGCAACGGAUGGGAAGAAUCAAGAUUUCGUUGCAUCAUACCAAGUGUGGUCCGAUGGAAUAUUCCCAAAUUUGAUUUUUCAAGACCCGGAACCUGGUGAAUCUGACAAUCGAGGGUCGUUUUGCCUUUCAAUAUCUCCACCAGAUCCAAGCAAGAUCACGGUAUUUCAAAGGGCUGUAGUCUUCUUAUUGGACAGGAGUGGCAGCAUGUAUGGUGAUCCACUAAACGAUGCCUUGCAGGCUCUGUACUCUGGGCUGGAAUCCCUCAAACCAGAAGACUCUUUUAAUAUUAUUGCUUUCGACCAUGAGACCGCCUUGUUUUCUUCUCAAAUGGAGCGCGCAAAUAGUGCUUCCAUCCUUCGGGCUCGUGAGUGGGCAACGGAGAAGUGCAAAGCCAGAGGUGGCACUGACAUUCUCAGUCCUCUUCAACAAGCAUUCAAGCUUGUUGAGAAUUUUCCAGGGGCAGUUCCCUACGUCUUCUUGAUCACAGAUGGAGCUGUCGAUAAUGAGAAGAAUAUCUGUCUCACUAUGCAAUCACGUAUUGUCGAACUAGGUGCAAGGGCACCUCGUAUUUCCACAUUUGGAAUAGGUCACUACUGCAACUAUUACUUUCUGAAAAUGCUUGCUGUUAUUGGCCGUGGCUUAAGUGACGUAGCCUUUGCAUCGGGUAAACUCCGGGGACAAAUGGAACGUAUGCUGGUUGCUGCAGCUACGCCAGUUCUCACUAAUAUUGGUUUAGCAGGGCUACCGGAUGGUUGCGAGGUGUAUCCAUUUGCAAUACCAGAUUUAUUUUGCGGCAACCCUUUGGUAGUUUCUGGAAAGUUUCAUGGCAGUUUUCCUGAUACUAUAUCCUUCUUUGGCCUUAUGCCUGAUCAAAGCACGUGGAAAACUGAGGUUCCAAGUAGGAAAACAUCAAAGGUCCCUCUAAGUAAGGUUUUCGCAAAGCAGCAGCUUGAUCUUCUUACUGGUCAAGCAUGGUUAUAUGGAGACAAACGUAGACAACAAGAAGCUGUUAACUUAAGUUUAGCAACAGGUAUGCCCUGUGAGUACACUCGGAUGAUAGGCUUUGAGACAACCCCGGAGAAGUACCAAGAGUUUCAGAAUGAACGGAAAAAGGGAAAAAAGUUAAACAUUAAAAAGUUCACUGCUGGUAAAGUUGCUGGUGUUGUGCUAGUUGGGGGUCUUGCUAUUGGAUUUGGCAAUGUUGCUGCCACAGUUGCAAAUGCAGCUGUGGGUGAUCUUUCGUUGGACUCCCUCGGCAAUUUUCUAGGAGACUUCGGUGGCGACUCUAUCUUAUGUUGCUGUUGUAACUUAGAAGAGUGUGAGAGUUUGUCGUUUCUUGGUUCAUGCUUCGAUUGUGGUGAGGGCUGCGACGGUUGUGGGGAUAUCCUUGCUGGAUGCGGGGCUCUUUUGGAAGGUGGAUGUGGGUUUCUCUUUGAUUGUAUGUGCGGCCUUCUUACUGAGUGCGGCUAAUUGCGCAAUGAUGUUCGAACCCAGUGAUGUGCGAUUCAGAUUGAAUGCAGUAACUGGCAGGUUGACUUGCUCGACAGUCCAAUCGAAGCGUUAAGCUCUGAGAAUGUCGAACAUAUCCACACCUGACCGCUCAUUUCGACUCUCAACUCAGUGUCCUUGAUUUUCAAAGCCCUUGUGUUACACUGAAUAGAUUCACGAGACUUCAGUGUGCACCCAGUGGUUAAUGUAGACGUCAGUUUGAGUUACACAGUCCAAUCCUUCCUGUUUGUAACACUACACUGGUCAAGGUUUUGAUAUAUUUAGGAAGAUGCUCAGAAAGCCAUAAGUUCUGUGGCAUAGGAAUUUUAAUACAAAUCCUCCAAAUCUAUCAAUAUGGUUUUUCAGCUGU